UGAAAACAAUCCCUAGGUGAAAAAUUUCGGCCGCUACAUCACGAAUAGUAUUUACGAAUUUGACUUAUUAUCAGUGUUCUUCCACGUUUUUUGGUUUUUUUAUUGUUAAUAAACAUACGUGUAUUUACUAAAUUAAUUCAUAAAACAUGACGACUCCAGUGGUCAUUGCAGCAUCUGCACGACACACAGCUACGCUGAUAUUCUUCCACGGACUUGGAGAUACAGGACAAGGAUGGGCAAGCUCUAUGGGUGCAGUUAUAUCUCCUCAUAUGAAAGUUAUCUGUCCAACAGCUCCUACCAUGCGAGUCACUCUUAAUGCAGGCUUUAGGAUGCCUUCUUGGUUUGAUUUAAAAACUUUAGAAGCAACCGGUCCAGAAGAUGAAGAAGGUAUUCAAAAAGCUGCAGAAAUGGUACACGGAAUGAUAGAAAAAGAAGUUCAAGCUGGAAUUCCAACAAAACGCAUCGUCCUUGGUGGUUUCAGCCAAGGCGGUGCUUUAGCUCUUUACAGUGCUCUUACUUAUCCUGAGCCUCUUGCUGGCGUGAUUGCUCUUUCUGCUUGGCUUCCACUUCACAAAAAAUUUCCAGCUAGUGCUGUUGGUAAUAAAGAUACACCUGUAUUAUUGUGUCAUGGAGAUUGUGAUCCAAUAGUGCCCUAUAAAUGGGGACAAAUGACUGCAUCGCUUAUAAAAAAAUUCAUGACACAAGUUGAAUUUAAAACAUACCGAGAAAUGAUGCAUUCUUCUUGUGAUGAGGAAAUGUGUGAUAUCAAAGCUUUUCUAGAAAAAGUUUUAAAACCGUAAUAUGUAAAUUAAAAAACGUAAGUUAAGUUAUUAUUGAAAUAUCAGUAGUCUUUUAAUUGAUAUUGCUAUUAAUAAAUAAAUUGAGACUAUAUGAUAAUUUAUUAGUAGCUGAGUAAGAAAAAUUGGCAAUAGUUGUUUACUUUAAUAAUAUAUUUAAUGUUUGUCAAUAAAAAAAAAAGAAAAAAUUUUUAAAAAAAAAGGUAAACAAACAUUCCUUUAGAUCAAUUAACUUAAUUAACUUGACUAAUGAUAAAUUUUGAAUUAGGGAUUGUUGUUUCCCUAUAUAAGUAACUUAUAUGCUCGCCUAACUUAUUUAUUGAAAGAUUUAUUUAACUUUGAGAAAGUUGCAAAAAUAUAUGCAUUUGAUACAUUCAACAUGACAAUGUUGAAAAAUUUCAAUUAUUCUUCGAUUUUCCAUUUUAACUAUGUGAUAGAUCAUAUUUUGUCCUCCGUAUCAUCACGAUUGUUUUCAUAAUAAAUAAAUAAUCUAAACUACUACUAUUGAUAAUAAUAAUAAUAAUGAUAACAAUCAGAUGGCUGUAAAUUUAUUUAGAUGUUGCUUGUAAUAACUUAGCUACUUAAUUGAAAAAGUACUACACAGAUAAUAUGAACUAUAAUGUUAAUCUUUACAUAGUAAUAUCACAAUUUUAAUGCAAUAAAAUUACUGUAACAAUUAA